AGGUCACUUGCUGCACAGAACUCUCAGCUCAAGGACUCAGCCCUCUGCAGAAAGAGGAAGACAGCAUGACCAAGUUCAAGGAGCCAGUGACCUUCAAGGACGUGGCUGUGGUCUUCACAGAGGAGGAGCUGGGGCUGCUGGAUUCCACCCAGAGGCGGCUGUACCGGGAUGUGAUGCUGGAGACCUUUAGGAACCUGCUGUCACUGGGAGACAAGACUCUAAAUGACAUAGAGACUCUUCAAGAAGUAGGAUCAAAGUACCUGCCACAUGGAGAGCUUUUUUGCUUACAAAUCUGGCAACAGGUUACAAAGGAAUUAACCAGAUGUCAAGAUUACAUAGUAAAUGUUCAAGGAACUAGCUCUCAGUCAGAAAAACAAGGUGACGCACUCUAUAAAGAUGAAGAAUUUGGUAAAGGCUUUAAUCAGAGUUUGUAUCUUCAAGUUCACCACAGUAUUCACUCUAGAGAAAAACCCUGCAAAGGGGAGGAUUGUGACAAAGAUAUAAUUCAGGACUCUCAUCUUCAAAUUAUCCAGAUGGCCCAUGUAGGAGAGAAGCCCUAUAAAUGUGAAAAAUGUGAAAACACCUUUCGUCGGCUUUCAAGUCUGCAAGCCCAUCAGAGAGUCCACAGUACAGAGAAAUCAUACAAAUAUGAUACAUCCUGUAAGGUUCACGCACGUCAGCGGUCACAUGUUCAUCAUCCUCAGAGAACCCCCACUGCAGAGAAUCCAUACAAAUGUGAGGAGUAUGGGAAGCAGGUUGGGAAAAGCUCCCAUUGUCAAGCUCCUCUCAUAGUCCACACAUUAGAAAAACCCUAUAAAUGUGAGGAGUGUGGGCUGGGCUUCAGUCAAAGGUCAUAUCUUCAAGUUCAUCAGAGAAUCCACAUGGGGAAGAAACCUUAUAAAUGUGAAGAGUGUGGGAAGGGCUUCAGUUGGCGUUCCCGACUACAGGCUCAUCAGCGAAUCCACACUGGAGAGAAACCAUACAAAUGCAAUGCAUGUGGCAAGGGCUUCAGUUACAGCUCACACCUUAACAUUCACUGUAGAAUACACACCGGAGAGAAACCCUAUAAAUGUGAGGAGUGUGGGAAAGGCUUCAGUGUAGGUUCACACCUUCAAGCCCAUCAGAUAAGCCACACUGGAGAGAAACCAUACAAAUGUGAGGAGUGUGGUAAGGGCUUCUGUCGGGCCUCAAAUCUUCUGGACCAUCAGAGGGGCCAUACUGGUGAGAAACCCUAUCAAUGUGAUGCGUGUGGGAAGGGCUUCAGUCGGAGCUCAGAUUUUAACAUCCAUUUUAGAGUUCAUACAGGAGAGAAACCCUAUAAGUGUCAAGAGUGUGGGAAGGGCUUUAGCCAAGCUUCAAAUCUUCUUGCCCAUCAAAGAGGUCACACUGGAGAAAAACCAUACAAGUGCGAUACGUGUGGGAAGGGCUUCAGUCGGAGUUCAGAUCUUAAUGUUCAUUGUAGAAUCCACACAGGAGAGAAACCCUAUAAAUGUGAGAAGUGUGGUAAGGCCUUCAGUCAGUUCUCUAGUCUUCAAGUGCAUCAAAGAGUCCACACUGGAGAGAAACCAUAUCAGUGUGCUGAGUGUGGGAAGGGCUUCAGUGUGGGUUCACAACUGCAAGCCCAUCAGAGGUGCCACACUGGAGAGAAACCAUACCAGUGUGAGGAGUGUGGCAAGGGCUUCUGUCGGGCCUCAAAUUUUCUGGCUCAUCGUGGAGUCCACACGGGAGAGAAACCAUACCGAUGUGACAUAUGUGGUAAACGCUUCAGGCAGAGGUCAUACCUUCAAGCCCACCAGAGAGUCCACACUGGAGAAAAACCUUACAAAUGUGAGGAAUGUGGAAAGGUCUUCAGUUGGAGCUCAUACCUUCAAGCCCAUCAAAGAGUUCAUACUGGAGAAAAACCAUACAAAUGUGAGGAGUGUGGCAAGGGCUUCAGUUGGAGCUCAAGUCUUAUAAUUCAUCAGCGAGUCCAUGCUGAUGAUGAGGGUGAUAAGGACUUUCCUUCAACAGAGAACUCAUACAGGAAAGAAGCUCAAUAAAAUUAAAUGUUUUAUUCUAAUGGGUGCUGAAACAGUCCAAUUAUCAGAUUUGGUCCAAGCAGUCAAAACAUAUGUUUUACAAAAGAGUAUUUCAGCCAGAACUCAACAUGUCGCAGUGGUUAGUUGGCCACACUACAGAGAAGCUUCAUGAGUGUGGAGACAAAGACAAUUCAGAACCUUGACAUUUAGCAGAUAGGACAAAGAAGAGGCCAGGAAGAUAAGUUUGUUCUGGAGUUAACCACAAGUACUAAGAUGGAAACACCAGUAUCUAACUAGAAUGUAAACUCCAACAGGGUAGAAACUUUGACUGCCAAAUCUGCUCUGCCUUUUCAGUGCCUAACCGUUGUAGGUAUUUGGUAGUUAUUAAAUGAGUGAAAGAGAGAACAGCCAUUUGAAAUUUAUAUUAAGUUCAUCUGUAACAAUUUCUUAAAAUUGUAUUUAGAAGAGGAAUUCUACAAGACUUGGAAGACAUUUCUAUUAGACAAGAUUUCAUUUUCCCAACCCUGCAGUUCUUGUGAAUUAGCGUUUAUCAAGCCGAAGGUUGUAACCCAUUAGUAAGUCUAGAAACCAUUUCACCACGUUGUGAACACUUUUUGAUGCCAACAGUACUUUAUGAGGUAUACUUUGCAUGCAGUAACAUGCAUAAACCAGAAGUUUCUAUCUUCAUGAAUUUUGACAAAUGUCUAUACUUUGUAUAAUCACCAGUUAAUGUACACAAUAUUUCUAUUAAAUCAUAAAGUUUCCUCAUGUGCAUUCCCAAGUCAGUCCCUCUUCUGUGGCAACAAGUAUCAUUUCUGUCCCACAGAUGAUUUCAGUCUGUUCUUGAGCUUCAUAUGGGUUCACUGUGUACUCUUGUGGAUUAGUAUGUACUCUUCUACAUCUGGAAUCUUUUGAUCAAAAUAUAUGCUCAUAGUAGAUACAGAGAAAGCAUGUGACAAAAUUCAAUAUCCAUGAUAAUUCCUCAGUAAGAUAAAAGGCAUCUGUGUAAAGUCCUGCACACUAAUAGUUUUUUUUUUUAAUUAAGAAUAAUUUAUAUACAGUAAAAUUGAUUUUGGGAGUCACUGUGUUCUGGCAAAAGAUUAUUGUCAUGUUACCACCACCACAAUCAAGAUGUUUAAGUUUCAGCCCCUUCCUCUCAAAAUUCCUUUGUACUUUUCUAUAGUCAGCCUCUCUCCCCACCCCACCCUGCCCCUGGCUGUCAACCACUGAUCUGUUUCCUGUCUAUAGUUGAUCAUUUCGAGAAUGUCCUAAAUGGAAUCGUGUAAUAUGUGAUUUGCAGUAUCUGGCUUUUCUCGUUUUCCCUUCUGCAAUUCAUCCAUUUUCAUGUAUGUGUCAGUAGUUCUUUUCAUUGCUGAGUAGUGGUCUGUUUCAUGGAUGUACCAUAGUGCACCCAUCCUGAUGACUUGAAGGGCAUUUGGGCUUCCAGGUUUUAGCAGUUUUGAAAAUGGCAGCUGUAAAUGUAGGCAUGCAGGUUUGUGUAUCAAUGUAGUUUUCAUUGUCAUAGGAAACAGGCAUAGGGUUACCGGGUUGUUUACGGUAAGACUAUGACUUUUAGAAAACCUGACACACUUCAAAAUUGACUUACCAAUUUGCAUUCCCACUGUGGCCACACACCAGGGUUUUGUUUUUUAUUUAGUUCUGACAUUUUAAUAAGUACAUAGUAGUAUCUCAUUUUGUUUGUUUAUUUAUUUAUACAAGCACUGGGUACAGUUAGAAGCGCGGGAGGGUGAGAGAAUGAGCCAGAGCCAGAGCGGGGAGCAGAACAGGCAGAAGGACCGAAGUACACUGCUGAGGGGAGCAGUGGGUGCAGCAGGAGAGGUCUGUCGUGCCAUGUGGGACCCUCGCCGGUGGCCGGGGAUCAAACUGGCGCU